CAUGCCAAGCGCUUUUUCACCCACUGGACCUCCAUCUUAUGACCACCCUCAACUCCACAUGCCUAUACACAACGAAAGACACAUGAAGGUCAUCUGCAUCGGAGCCGGUGCCUCUGGGCUCCUGUUGGCUUAUAAAUUACAGCGUUCUUUCGAAGAUUUCGAGUUGACUCUCUACGAAAAGAAUGCAGAUGUUGCCGGGACGUGGUAUGAAAAUAAAUAUCCUGGAUGCGCCUGUGACGUCCCUGCACAUACGUACACCUGGAGUUUCGAGCCCAGUGUAAAGUGGUCGUCACUCUAUGCCGGCUCUGACGAGAUCUUCCAGUAUUUCAAGUCUUUUUCUGAGAAAUACGAGCUGCAAAAGUAUUGCAAGUUCCAGCACCAAGUGACUAAAGCUUGUUGGAACGACACGACGGCGAAGUGGGAGCUCGAAAUCGUCGACCUAACGAAUAGGACAACUCUCGCCGAUUCCUGUGACGUGCUCAUCAACGCAUGCGGCAUUUUGAACUCAUGGCGCUGGCCAAAUAUCCCAGGUCUUGGGAACUAUAAAGGGCCAUUACUUCACACCGCAAAAUGGGAUCCCAGUGUGGACCUCAACGGAAAACAUGUAGGGCUCAUCGGCUGCGGAUCGUCAGGCGUUCAAGUACUCCCAGCUAUUCAUCCAAUCGUCAACAAGGUCACGACUUUCAUCCGUUCACCAACUUGGGUUUCACCGGGUCAUACAACACUGCAGCAUGUCUACACUGAAGAGGAGCAUCGCGAAUUCCGAACUAAUUCCGAUGCGCUGCUUCGUCACCGCAAGACGUUGGAAAGCUCCUUCAACAACUUCUUCCCAGUGUUCAUCGCCAAUUCCGAUGUUCAGAAAGGCGUGCGCGAUGCCAUGGUCAACAUGAUGAAGGACAAGCUCGGCGACGAGGGCCUCACACAUCUCCUCAUCCCUACGUGGGGCGUUGGUUGCCGUCGGAUAACUCCUGGACCAGGGUACCUUGAAGCACUCGCCUCAGAGAAGGUUCAAGUAAUCUUUGGGGGGAUUCAAGAAAUCACGGAGAGAGGAUGUAUCUGUGAUGGCCAAGAAUAUCCUGUCGACGCCCUUAUUUGCGCCACUGGAUUCGACACGUCUUACCGGCCCCGCUUUCCUUUGAUUGGCCUGAACGGCAAAAACCUGGCCGACGUUUGGUCGGACGAGCCCAAGGCGUAUUUCGGACUCGCCGCCCACGGUUUUCCAAACUACUUCACGUUCCUCGGCCCCAACAGUCCCGUCAACAACGGUCCCGUGCUUGUUGCCAUAGAGGCUCAAGCUGACUAUAUCCUCAAGAUGAUCGAUCGUUGGCAGACUGAGAAUAUCCACAGCUUCUCUCCGAAGAUGGAGGCUGUCGAAGACUUCGUCGCUUUCAAAGAUAACUUCAUGAAACAGACGGUGUGGGACCACACUUGCCAUUCCUGGUACAAAGGUCGCUCAGGCAAAAACAUCGCGCUCUGGCCCGGCAGCACCAUGCAUUAUCUCGAAGCUAUCGCGGAACCACGCUACGACGACUGGGACUUCAGGUACACAGGCAAUCGUUUCGCUUUCCUCGGCAAUGGGUUCUCGCAGACCGAGAAAGACCUUACAGCCGAUUGGGCGUACUACAUUAGGAAUGAAGACGAUAGCCCGUAUCUCAGUCGGGGGAAACGCAGGAGGGCAGUUACAUCCUCGGGAACAAUAGACCGCAAAGGACCACUGGGAUGGAUGUA